GGUAGGUUACCAACGUCCUUGUCCUACCAAGCGCACACUUCACGCAAGGGCUUGCGGAUCACUGUCAUUCACUGUAACUUCAAUAAAAUCUGAUUUUCAGACAUGAUGGCAGCCAGAUUUCUCCGCCGUGCUAUCCCUAUGCUGAGGCAAACUCGCUCCUACGCCGAGGCUGCUACCGGUACCCCGCAGAUGUCCUUCACUUUUGCCUCUCCGACACAGGUGUAUUUCAAAGAGGCCAGUGUGAAACAGGUAGAUGUACCAACACUUACCGGCGCGUUCGGUAUCCUUCCUGCCCACGUACCCACACUGCAGGUUCUCAGGCCUGGUGUUGUCACAGUCUUCAGUGACGAUGGCUCCUCUGCCAAAUACUUUGUGAGCAGUGGGUCGAUAACCGUCAACGCUGAUUCUUCAGUGCAACUGCUGGCUGAGGAAGCUGUUCCUUUGGACCAGCUGGACAUCGCUGCUGCCAAGGCCAACCUGGAGAAGGCCCAGUCUGACUUGGCUAGCACAUCUGACGAAGCAGCAAGGGCAGAGGUUCAGAUAUGCAUAGAAGCCAACGAGGCCAUUGUCAAGGCUCUGGAGUAGACCUGUGGUAAUCUUUUCUGUUUCUUGAUGGAAAUCAAUGGUCCGUCUGUUUUUCCAGCUCAGUCACAUCAGUGUCCAGAAGAUUCCAUGCUUGCUUUGUACAGUGGAUAAAAUGACAAAAUAAAUUUAUUUGAAAUUACA